UUUCUUGGGUUUGAGGACAGCCGUGCAGAUGUAUCCAGCCAGACCCUUGAAAAGUCUUCCGAAACGAGGACAAGUGGAGCUCCUGGAGCAGCGGCAUCACAGGAUGGAGAAGUGGUGCCACGAACCAGCAGCGGACUAGCUUCGGGGAUUGGUUCGUACUUCAGGCCGGAUCUCCUACAGGGGUCGUCAGAGGAUGACGAGGUGGAAGUGCAGGAUGAUCCAGUUGCUACAUCCCUGCCUGCCCAAAUGAAUGUGGUGGCAGACAUCCAGGAAGGGCAGAAUCCCUCAACUGUUCAGAGGGUUCACACCCUGGCAUCAGAGAUUGGGACACGCCAGGAUACAUACACAAAUGUUGUGGGAAGCAGACUGGACAACAUUGAGAGGACAAUGGAGAAAAUGUCCAACAAUCUGCAUGAACUGCAGAAGACUAUUUCCGACAGCACGGCCACAAUACUACAGAUCAUAAUUGAAGAUCGUAGGGAGAAUAGGAACAUACUUAACAUCAUGUCCGAUUCCUUGGUCAAGCUUGUGGAAAAAAACACAUGUUUGGCAGAAAGCAAUAAGAACAUGUCGGAUAGUCAUCGACACUCCGCUUCCAGCCAACAGGUCAUGGCAACCACACUGCAGAUGAUCUAUGAUAAGCUCCCAGUACCAGCUCAUCAACACGCUGGUGAUCCACCAUAUCCGCCGUCUCAAGCCACAAGGACGCAUCGUACCCUUCCUCAAGUCCCAUCCCAGUACAGUCAGUCACAGAUGUACCAGGGAUAUACAGGGAUGUACCCCACCCCCCAGAUGCCUCCACCACCAGCCGCACAUUCUUCAACAGCAUGGGCACCGAGGGCCAGUCGACAUACUCCCCAGCCUCCCAGGACAUCCACGCCCUAUCAGGGGGAAGAAGAGGAUCCGGACAGACUUCCACCAUAAACCCGGUCGUAUUAUUUUAUUUUAUUUUAAAUGUUUUUCAUGUAUCCCUGUCUUCCCCUCCCAUUAGUUUGUUGUUUUUCUUACUAUUGUUUAUUAUUUGUUGGGCUUCCCCACCCGUGACCGGGUACUACCAAGGAGCUUUGUGUAGGCAUACAUGCGCGGGCAUGUAUGCGGGCGCGUGUGGUAACGGAUGAAAGCUCCUUGCGGCUACAUGUAUGAUGGGCCAAAGAGCUAUUCUGAUACCCCCUUUUUCUUCAAAAAAUCCUUUUUGUAAUGAUGUACAGUAGACUUUCAUUGUGUGAAUUUACUAUUCACUAGUCUGUGUUUUUGACUUAUUCAUAGGAUUGUUGAGGAAAAAUGAAGUGGACGGCAUAAGAUUGUGUUGAGCGUACCAAGGUGAGUAGAACCAUGUUUAAUUCAAGAAACUUUGAACC